AUGCAGGAAAGUGAGGCCGGAAUUUUGGCCCAAAUUGAAGUCAACAACUCAUCUCCCCAACAGAGUUCUGACUUUGAGCCUCUUGAACGCAACUUCCACAUUUCCAAUAAUCGCAGCAACGACAGCACAAAUUUUCUGAUGUCCAUUUUAAAAUUUCGUUGCCUGCACGCAUCGCAUUUUCGGGACCCGUUUUUCGGCAACCAUGCUGCUGCGAGACAAACAAAGCCAAAGGAACACUCCUCGAUAUCCUGCACACCAGUACCACAAACGCUCCAACCGCAGUUUGAUCCGAUCGCUGAUGACAUGGGAAAAGGACAACCUAUACUACCAAUCAUGGAUCUUAAGGAUGGCAAACGCAUGGUGCAGAGACUAUCCCCUCACAUGUGA